UGAAGACCGACGAGAAUGGCGCCAUCUAGAGGAAAAGAUGAAUUCUUUUUGACCGAAGAGUGGACAGGGGAGCUAAUACCCCGCUCUCUCGUGCUUCUCGUAGCGGAUUACGAGAGAUCGUCCGAAUGCUGUGGAGACAGAAGUAUCAUUUUACAAACGUAUCCUGAAGCAUAAAAUGCUUCGUCAGAAGAAUAAUUUUUAAAGAAUUUUUCAUAAAAAGGAUUUCGAGAGAAAACGAAAUCGUUCGAUCGUGAUGCGCGUCGCGGUCUCGCCGAGUCCUCGGAAAAAGUUGCCUCGUAUCGAGAGCUUUUCGAAGGAGAUACCUUGAUCAAAAGCUUACACUUCGAUCUGCUACUCUUCAUCAAGAAACGAAUUGAUUUUCGUCGAAAAUAUUUUUCAUUGAUAAUGGCCAUCGUCGAAGAAUUCGAUUAUCUUUGCCGUUUAUGCGCGACCAAGACAGGCAUUCUCAUGGGAUUACCGAUCUUUGAGGCUGGCGAUCAGAUGCGUAACAUCGACAAAAAAAUCGCAGCGUGCCUUCCCGUCCAAGUGUCAAUGACAGAUCAGCUUCCUAAAGUGGUAUGCGAAGAAUGUGCAUACAAAUUAGAUCAAUUAUUUGAUUUUCGUGAAAAAUGUUUACAUACUGAGGGUAUGUUUAUGGAAAUGUUAAAGGAAAUUAGCAAGGAUGAAACGGUACAUAUAUCAGAGCAUGGUUUAGAAGAGGUAGAUGAAAUCAGUAUGAAUAGGAUCCAAAGGAAUAUAGAUAGAAUACAAAAUGAUAUUGAAGAUGUCCAAAAUCGUACUAGUGUAGUUUCUCAUGAAUCAGGAGAAACAACUAUACAUACUAUGCAAGUUAUGGAUGAAAUGGAUUUAGCUGGUGAUGAACAAGUUGUUAGUCAAGAAGACAUUGGUCAGCAAGAUCAUGAUAUGGAGGUUACAGACAUUGACUGUUUAGAUGGUGAAACAGUCAGAAUGGUUGAUGAACAUAUAAGAGAAGUUUCAAAUCAUCAGAUAGCAAUGCACUUGGAAGGAGAUAUGACUGUGGUAGGGAAUUUAACUGUAAGUGGGCAUUUGAGUCAAUUGGGAAUAAAUUAUGUGACUUCUAUAAAUCCAGAAACUGAAACUAGAGAACAGAUAGUACAUUAUUGUGAAAAUGUAAAAUAUGAAUCAGUGCCUAUAAAGCAAGAAUAUCAAAGCUUACAAGAGAGAUUAAAUUCUGAAGAUCCUACUCAUGUAUUAGAAAACAAUGUACCCACUGAUGGGUUUCAUUCCUCUCAGCCAGAAACAGAAAGUGAAAUAGAGGAAGCAACUGUUAGUGAAAAUGAAGUUCGUAGAAAUAUGGAUUCAAAUAUAUUACCUUCCACUAGCCAAUCUAAUACAGAAAAUACAGAAGUCAUUGUUGAGUAUACUAAAGGAACUAAACAUACUUUAUUAGAAUCUAUAUUAAAUAAUCCAACCGUCGAUGAGACUGGUACUCAUUGGUAUGUGUGUCCUUUUUGUAAUGAAGCUGCAAUGGAAACAAAUAAUUUAGCAGCACAUUUUGAACAACACUUUUGUUCAUGUUCUUGUGGUUUAUAUUUCACAAGUGUAGAAGUAUUAAAUAUUCACAAACAACAAUGUAAUUCAUAUAAAAUAAAGGUAGAUAAUAAGGACAUCAAGGUAAUAGAGUCAGAAUUAGUUCCAUCGCAAAGCAAUGAUAAUUCGGAUAUUCAAAAAAAACAAUCUACUGUCAGGCAAAAGUGGACACCAAAAAUUUGUACUCAGUGUGGUAAACAGUACAGAACCAAUUAUAAAUUACAAGAACAUAUGCGCAAACAUACAGGAGAAAAACCUUUUCAAUGUUUGACUUGUGAAAAAGCAUUUCGUAGCAAGAUAGGUCUUGCACAACAUACGGCAACUCAUACUGGUCAGUUUGAUUAUAAUUGUUCAACUUGUGGCAAAGGAUUCCAGUGUAAAAGCUAUCUGAUUGUCCAUCAGAGAGUUCAUUCGGACUUAAAACCUUAUCCAUGCAGUACUUGUGGACAAAACUUUAAAACUAAGCAAUCCUUAUUGGAUCAUCAAAAUAGGCAUCUGGGUGUUAAGCCUUAUAUGUGUGAAAUUUGUGGUAGAGGUUUUAUAACUAAAGGUCUUUGUAAGAGUCAUCAGAAAAUACAUUCGGGUAUGGAUAAUCGACAAUACCCAUGCGUAGUGUGUAAUAAAAUGUUUGUCAGCAAGAGUUAUCUUAAUACACAUUUACGCAUACAUACUGGUGAAAAACCCUAUUUAUGUGAAGUAUGUGGUAAAGGAUUUUUAACGCGCGUUGAUCUUAAAAUUCAUUCCACCAUGCAUACUGGUGAGAAGAGCUUUAAGUGUGAAAUGUGUGGAAAAGUUUUCGCUAGAAGGGCAGCUUUACGAUGUCAUAGAAGAUCGCAUACAGGAGAAAGACCAUAUAGAUGUGACGUUUGCGGAAAAACAUUUACUCAAUUUAGUCCAAUGGCUAUUCAUAAACGUUUACACACUGGUGAAAGACCAUAUGAAUGCGAUGUGUGUGGCAAAGCAUUCGUAUCGCGAUCAACUAUGAUGUGCCACAGAAAGAAACACCAUAUUCCUGUAACGCCUACACAAAAAAAUGUUUUAGUUUCUAAUGAGGAUGUAGAAGUGAAACAUAUUAUAUCAACAGAAAUAGUGCUUAGAGAAUCACAUGAAGGAAUUCAUAUUACUGCUGAUUGAAAAAAAGAAACUGAAAAAAAAUCUGAAAUAUAAAUUGAAAUUAACAAAAAUAGGAAAAGGUAGGAAAUAACAAAUUUCAUUUGUAUUUAUUAUAUAAAGAUAUUUGACCUGCAUUUAUUGUUUGCUCUAUUGUUGUAGGCACCAUGCUAUGUCUUGGGACAUGUAACAUAUUGUAAAAGUUUAUGCAAGAAAAAUAUUUUUUCAAGGAUAUUAUUUUAUAAAAAUUCAUAUGCUUGCUUAAAUUCAAGGAAUGCAGGUUCAAUCAUAUCUUUCAUUCAUAUAUAUUGCAGAAUUCAUAUUAAAAUAAAAUCUUAGAUAUUUAAUGUCUAUGAAGUCAACUAUCUUCAAUUUGGUCCUAUUAAAAGAGAAAACAUGAGUAAGUUUCUUAAA